AUGAGUCUCCAGAAAGGGAGGACUUCUACUGACAAGGGCCCUGGUUUGUACUACGUGGACGAUAACGCCACACGUCUCUCUGGUCGUAUGUUCUCUACUGGUUGUGGUAGCAGCUAUGCGUACGGAGUGYUGGACAGCGGCUACCGUGAGGACAUGACGGUAGAGGAGGCGUACGAGRUGGGCCGCCGUGGCAUCACCCACGCCACGCACAGAGACGCAUACUCUGGAGGAGUGGUCAACCUGUACCACAUGCAGGAGGACGGCUGGAUAAAGGUGUGUAAGGAGGAUGUGUCAGAGCUGAUCCACCGCUACAGGAAGGGCAUGUUCUGAUCAUAGAUCAGUUUCUACACAGACACACUGUGUUCUCUAUCAACUGAUCCCAGCACUGCUCCAAAUAAAGACAAUUUUCAAACUGCGUA